CAGUCUACCAGAGCAGUAAAGCUGCUGCCAGGGGUUAGGGAAGGCUUGUGCCGGAAUUGGGCAGGCCGGGGGCUCCUGCCCGGGGUCUGCGCUGCCUCUGCAUUCGGCCGAGGGAUUGAAGAGCUUCGUUACAAUGUGUCGGAGUAGAGGCUCAGUAUCGAGCCUGCUGCUUUCCUUUGUACUCUGCCUCUGCCUCUGCCUCUGCCGUUCACUCCACGGACACAGGUCAUUUGAAAUUUUGCCUCCUGUGAACUUAUCUAUAACGUCUUAUAAUUUCCAUACUGUCUUAAAAUGGGACGUCAUUGAUCCAUCUAGAAACAUGCGGUUUAAUGUUAUAAUCAAAAGUUACAGCGCUUCAACCUGGACACCUUUCUUGCCGUGUUUAAAUAUUUCAACACCCUAUUGUGAUCUCAGUGAUGCUUUUUUACCCGAGGGAGGUAAACUGGGCUAUUACGCCCAAGUUAACGCAGUUACAGAAACACAGAAUUCAGACUUUGUUUCCACUAAUCGGUUCACUUUUAAAUCAAAUGCCACUAUAGGUCCUCCUGAGGUAAAGCUUAAAGCUGAUAACACCGAUAUAAUAGUGGAAGUAUAUUUUAUGCUUGCUAAUUCCACUGAAGAAAGGAAUGCAAAGAUUUUGAACAAGUUAUCAUAUAAUAUUUACUGGCAUUCUGAAACCUCGAAGCUGGGAAAUAAAAUUUGCAACAGCAAAAAAACUCACCACAGAAUUGAAGUGCAAACAGGAGAUAUUUGUGUAUCUGCAGAAGUAUAUCUGGAAGAUUUAGACCUAAAAGGAAAUCUAUCUCAAAAAAGAUGUUUGCAAAUUCAGUCAAGCAAUCUGUCAGAUUCAGUGCAUUUGCCUUGGUCAGCAACCCCAACGAAUGAGACCCCCACCACUCGGAACGAAGAGCUGAGUUGCCCUAUGGAAAAAAUAUAUGAAGAUUAUAACUCGACGACUUACACUUACGAAUACUAUGAUGAUGAUGAUGAAUACCCAGACAAUGAGGACGACCAGAAGGUUGAGGAGCACCGAAUCCUUCCAUUUAUGACAAUAGUAAUUAUUCUCAGUAUUGCCUUCUCGCUAAUUGCAACACUGUUCAUCUGUCAUUUUGUUAAGAAGAAGCAAGUAUUGCCCAAAGUUUUGGUUCAUCGCAUUAUGGGUGAAAGGGGUAAAGCAUACAUGGAUGUAAACAUGGAAUCUGAUGAAAGCAACUUAAGUGAGGUGAAAGGAAUGGAGAAGGCGCCUAUUGUUCGUGAAGUUGACAAAUGUGAUGAGACACAAGAGGAAAUUACCAAAUCUUCAGACAUCUUUGAUGUUGACCGAGUUAAUACUGAUGUGAAUGACAGUGAACCAGUAAAUACUGACUUGGAUGAUCCAUAUGCAGCUAAGAUUGAUAUCAAUGGCAUAGACCAAAGAUGUCCUAGUCAGGACAACAUUGAAGUAGAAGACAGUAUUCUGGAGAAAACAUCUGAUUCGUAUAAGACUAAUUCUGAGCCGGUGACACAAAUCUGUGCAGAUAAUUGGGGUUAUGACAAACCUCAAGUACUGUUUGCACUUUAAAUAAUUGCACAGAUUCACCGAACUAUCCUCCAUUGUGAUGGAAUAAAGCACUGGUGUAUUGCCACUUUAUAAUACUAAACCUUUUUACUUGUGAACAUGGUGGACAUCAGUUUUCUUGCAAAGUGAACGUGAGAUUGGUCCACAACAGUUGCAGCCUAAUUGUUUAAAAUUGCCUAUGACAAAUAUUUUAAACAAUGUUAUUCCUGAGUCAAUGAUGACCGUGACCUUGGAUUGGAGGUACAACUCAAAAAUUGCUGAGGAUACAAAACUUGGAAACAAUUUUCAACCAUGAAGAGAACAGUGUAGAAUGUCAAAAGAACUUUGUGAACUUGAAAGUGUGUGCAAAUAUUUCAAUAUUGAGAUAUAUGAGGCGAUGCAUUUGGUAGGAAGAACAUGGAGAGACAAUAUAAAACAAAAGGUCAAACUCCUAAAGGAGGUGCAUGUAUAUUUGCAAAAUUAAAGGUGACAGUUCAGGGCAAUAAAUGUACCGUAUUGUAGGGUUUGUUAAUAGGUGCAUAUGAUACAAGAGCAAACAGAUAAUUUUGAACUUUUGUUUGUUAAUUUCUGUGACUUGGGCAUCGUUGACUGGUCAGCUUUGAUAGUCCAUCCCUACUUGCCCUUCAGAAGGUGGUAGUGAACUGCCUUCUUUAAUCGCUGAUUCAACUGAGUGACCUGUUAGGCUAUUUCAGAGGGCAGUCGAGAGUCCACCACAUUGCUGUGGCUCUGGUGUCACAUGUAGGCCAGGCCAGGUAAGGAUGGCAGAUUUCCUUCCCUAAAGGACAUUAGUGAAUCAGAUGGGUUUUUCCGACAAUUGACAAUGGUUUCAUGGUCAUCAAUUGACUCUUAAUUACAGAUUUGUUUUUGUGUAAGAUAUUAAUUUAGCUUAGAGUUCUGAGUGCCAAAUUUCAGGAAGAAUAUGAAGGCAUUGGAGAGGAAUACUUUCAGGGAUGAGGGAUCUCAGUUAUGAAUUCAAAUUGGAGAGGUUGGGACUGUGUUCCCUGGAAGUAGAAGGCUGAAGUGAGAUCCGACAGCUGAGAGGACCUCUGGUGAUGGUUUUCAAAAUUGAGGGGUCUAGAAAGUAGAUGGGGAUCGCCCCACACAAAGAGAUCAAGAGCAAAAGGGGAUGGUGUUAAAAUAAUUGGCUCAGGAACCAGAGAUGAUAUUGGGAAAAAGAGCUUUUGCACUCAGUUGAAUGGUGAGGAUCUAGAAUGGCCUUUUAUGAGAGUACAGUACAGAGGUUCAAUCAAUGCAUUCAGAAGGGAAUUAGAAUAUUAUUCAAAAAAAAAUAUGCUUAUUGGGAGAGGUCUGAAGAAGGCAUUAAAUAAAACUCUCAUUCUGAGAGCUGCAGUAGACACCAGCAGAACACCUUCCUUUGGCAGUGUAAUAAUUCUGGUGUGCAACAAUGAUAACUGAAACAGUCAGAAUGACAUUUGUAUAUUAAAGGCUGCACAUUCACAGGAGGCCAACAUAAUUGAAUGCUCGGUUAUGUGAUUAUGAAAUACAGUUUUACAAGGAAUGCUUUUGAGUUAACAAUGCUGUACUUGGCUUGGUGGUCAUGAUCUUACUUCAGAGUCAGAGUUUGUACUCGACUCUCCUUUAAAAAUCUAAACUGAAUAUAGUACUGAAGGAGCAUUGUACUAUUCGAGGCAGGUUUUAGAUGAGCCAUUGGAAUGUAAGUUUGUCUUGGAAUAUUAGCAAAGAAUGGAUGAUAGCCAAUUAGCAACCUGUUCUGGUUGGUUUAAUAAAAUUAAAAUUUCAAAAUGCAUUAGUUCUCAGGAAAGCUUGACAUUCCAUUAAAUUAGGCCUUCUCUGGCUUGUUAGCAAGGCAUAAAAGACCUUUGCUGAAAAUGUGUUGCUGGUUAAAGCACAGCAGGUCAGGCAGCAUCCUAGGAACAGGAAAUUCGAUGUUUCGGGCCAGAGCCCUUCAUCAGGAAUCAUACUACAUAAAAGACCUUUCUCAAGGAAGAGAGUCAAUGUUCGCCUAAACAAAACAAAGUAUUGCAAAGGCUGGAAACUUAAAAUUUAAAGAAAAGCAGAACAUGCUGGAAAUAAGCAGCAGCUGUGACUAUACCUGUGAGGGAGAAAAAUACUUAACAUUCCAGGAUCACUGAUCUUUUGUGAACAACGGGUCCUUAUUUGUUUUUCCUGGAGUAAUUCCAUUCAUCGGCAUUCUCUUCCAAAUUUAACAGCUGUUUCCUGAGGCUCAAAGCACAUAACUGAACACUGUACUCUGUAUCACGUCUAAUCAAAGCACUGCAUAACAUUUUAACAUAACAUAAUUUUUUAAGUUAAAAACCACAUAACACCAGAUUAUAGUCCAACAGGUUU